AUCAACCACCAGACGAAACAUUUGUGUAAUCACUGGACAGCGCCAUGUUGUUGACCCUGUCAUCAAGGAAACGUCCCGCAGAAUAUUUGAACCGGAACGCCAAUAGACUCUAGGAUUGCUACUUGCUGUUCUCUGAUUGGCUAGCUGUCACCUCGAGCGCCACCUUCCCCUCGUACCCUUAGGAAGAAGAUGAGUAACCCGCAGCCAGGAUUGCUAAAUCAUGGCAACAUUUAUGGAACGAUUAGCUUUUCUUCAGAAAGUCCCAACUCUGAUGAAGGCAACAGCAGAUGAUGAAAACCCCUGUCCUGGCUACCUUUUCCAAGAGAUUGGAAAAAUUUCCCAUGAGUCUUCAGGGUGUGGUCAGUGUUUGUUGGAGUACCUUCUGGAAAGGCUGCAGGUGGAGUCCUGUCACGUUAAACUCAAGGUGCUGAAGAUCUUUGUCCAUCUUUGCGGUCAUGGCUCAAACCAUUUCCUCACAGAGCUCCGCAGGAACUCCACUUUCAUCCAGCAAGCGUCAGUUUACAGCGGCCCUCCUGAUCCUAUCCAUGGCACAGCACUGUAUCAGAAAGUGAGAAAUACAGCACAGGAAGUGGCCAGGUUGCUUUUCACAGAUACAAUUUCCACCAAAAGCGUCUCACCACUUGAGCUAGCCCCCCCAACCAUGGGUAUGGGAUCAGGAACUUCCCACAGGUCAGGAAUGCAGGGCUUUGGAUACAGUCCAGGGAAACAGGGGACAGGAGGCGGUGACUCACUGCUGGAUAAGAUUCAGAAAGCUGCAGAGGUAGUGGCCAGUGCUGUCCUUCCCCCGACCGAACACCAGGGCAUCCGUCUCCAUGACAACCAUUACCGCGCCGUAGUUGCGCCAUCUGCGCCCAUAGAGGUGGCUGUGCCUGCAUGUGCCUAUAACCUGCCUGCCUGCAGACCGAAAGCAUUGACCCAGCGGUGCCCAGGGCAGAUAGGAGGCGGCUGGGAAGAGUCCGACAGCGGCAACAGCUCCUCUCACAACUCCUCUCAGGAUAUCGCAGCUAACAGCAGGGCCUCUGUGGGCAGCAAAUCAGCUGGUACUGGGAGCCAGUCUGGGGCCAGCAGGGAGAGCAGUGGCGACCUAUCAGAACGGGUGGAAGCCUUGCAGUUGGGGGACUGUGGCCAGGAGAUGGCGCUCAUCAGCAGACUGACUGAAGGAUCCAGAGUUUUCCUGUCCAGAGAGGAGAGCCAGCACUUCAUCAAAGAGUGCUCCAUUCUCAACUGUGAGGUCGUGCUGGAGUUGCUCUCAAGCAAGCUUCAAGAUCCCUCAAGCACCGUUAAGAUGCGGGCACUGUGUGCUGUGUCAUGCCUCCUGACCUCUGACCUCCUCUCUCUGGAACAAAUGUUUGGAGCUACACAACGAAGGCUCCGCCAGCUGAGUGAGGGGGUUCCAGGACCUGUGGCCAACAAAGCCACCAAAAUCCUGCGACAGUUUGAGGCUCUGAUGGGCGGAUCUCCACACGGUUCCAGGCAGGACACAGCGAACAGCAGCCAUCAAGCAACUAAUCAGCUUCCCACGUCAACAUACUCAGACCCUUUACUAGCAACCCACUCUGCAGACAACACCAACCUCAACCAUGGUCAGCCUAACAUCUCACCCACAGGUGUCACCCAACCCCAAAAUCACCCAUCACCCCCUACUAGUCUGGCCUUGGCCCAGAGAGGCUUCUCUGAGGAGCUGACGAAUGACGGCGAUGAGGAGAAACUUUCUCCUGUCCAGCAAGAGUCAGUGCAAAACCAGGAAGAGCCAGUCAGGACUGCUGAGGUUGAACUGGUUGCUGAAGAACCAGCGCUAAACACAGACAGGUGCUCUUCCCCUCCAGCUGAGCCCCAGAGUGAGCGGCCCUGUCUGGGCAGACUGUCCCUGUUCAGUGGAAUGGAGCUGGUGACCAAGGGGAGGCCCCUGUGUAAGAGAGAGCUGUCCCAGACUGAGACGGACACAACGGACAAGAGCUUAAGGGAGAAUCUAGCUGUGCCUAACAGAAUCAGCACCAGUGAAGCCAGUGAGCGUGCUCCAUCAAUCUGCAAUUCAGUCGCAUCUAAUAGCAGCCAACCAGUAUCGGCCUUCUCAUUUCUUAACUUUUGACCGACUUUUUACAGCUGGAACUGUUAAAGUUGAACCAAUGAUGUCAUUGUGUACAGGAUAUCCUUUCAGAAAUAUAUUUAAUUUUUUAAAAAUCUGUUAGGUUAUAACUAUAUAUAGCAGAUUCACAUCAUGUUAGGGUUUUCUGUUCAUAUCUGUAUGGUGCCUCAAGAGUUGUACUGAAUGAGCAGAUCGGGUCAAGAGACAGAGAUUUAGGACUAACAAGUGGAUGAUGGAUGAGUUCAGGCCAGUUAUCAUGAGAAACCCCUCAACUGUCAAGAGCGAGGCCGGGUCUGUAAGCUGUGUCGCUGUUUGUUGGCCGAGGUCUAAUUUCUCAAAAGUAUUUUUAACGAGAGUGGUUGUCUUGAAUUACAGGCUAUUAUUGACAGUUGCUUUAUCUCAGGAUUCCUUUUAGCUAAGUGAAACAACUCUUACGCCUCUGCAGCACGCCCUAAACCUCUGAGGGGAGAAUCCCCCAACUUCUAAUUUGCACUACAAUUGCUUUUCUUAUGGACUCAUAAACCUACAAAGGAGAGUUGUCUUCCAUAUUUUUUUGGUACUAAGCUAUUAUGUCUAUGUAAAUGUUAUCUGAGUGUUAGUUUACAAAUUAUUUAUUAUGUCCACCCUGUAUUGAUUAAAACAUACCUGUGAGAGCGGCUGUAGAGUGCAUGUCUAUGAUUAAACACUGUUUGGAAAACUAAUGGAAGAAUAUUCUGUGUGCAUAAUCAGUGUGUGGAAUUAUGUGUGGUAACGCAUCUGCAGUCACAAUAAUGCAAAAUAUCUGCAAUUUCAUGAACGGUUGCUCACGUACCCAAAUAAAAAGCAGAUUACCGUCACUGUGUCACCAUUGUUAU